CUCCCGGCUUGACAGGUGGCGCAUGCGCGCUGGCGCCUCAUUGUGCCCGGCCGGCCCAGCCCCGCCGCGCCUCAGCCGCCGCCGCUUCACCCCUUCCGAACCUCGACGCCGCCGCCCCGCCAUGGAGUAAAAGGCUCCCGGCAGGCCGGCCGGGGCGGCCCAGCCGCGCCCUGAUGGCUCUGGUGACGGUGCAGCGGUCGCCUACCCCGAGCGCCACCUCCAGCCCCUGCGCCUCGUUCCUGAAACCGGUCCAGUAUGGACACUGGACAUUAUCUGCAGAGGAUCGGGUACCGGGGCCCCACCCAGCCUUCCCUGGAGACCUUGUGCCAUCUCCACCCUUGCCACCUCCUCUCUGUGCCCUUUGAGAGCCUCGGCAUCCAUUGCAAGGAGCUCAUUGUCCUGGACUUGCCCCUUCUCUACGACAAGAUCAUCCGGCGCCAUCGGGGAGGCUUCUGUUUCGAGCUGAACGGCCUUUUCCUGUGGCUACUGCAGGUGUUAGGAUUUGAUGCCAAAGCUGUGGCUGGGCGUGUCCGGAACCGUUUCACGGGGCGUUAUGGCCCCCCGUUGGACCACAUGGUGAUUUUGGUGCAGCUGGAUGGGCAACGGCUGCUCUGCGACGUUGGCUUUGGUGAAGGUUUUAUGGAGCCGUUAGAAUUGAAGCUUGCAACGGAGCAAGUCCAGGAAGGGGGUAUUUUUUGGCUGGACCUGACAGGGGAAAUCUGGGUGCUGCAGCGCCGGGAAAUCUCUGGGAGGGAGGGGAGACCCUUAUAUCAAUUCACCCUAGAGGAGAAGAAACUGGACGAUUUCACCAGCGUGUGCCUCUACCACCAGACUUCACCCAGUUCCAUCUUCACGUGCAAAUCUUUCUGCUCCCUGCACAAAGAAAAUGGCGGGCGCCUCACUUACAUGGGUUGGCGUCUCAUUUCCACAAUGGGAGAGAAGCGUACAGAGACUGCCCUGCAGACCUCUGAGAUCCCAGCAGUACUCCACGAGAAAUUUGGGAUCAAACUGGGCGGGGACUUUGAGCCAAAGGAUGAAGAAAUUCUGCCACCUCUUGAGGAAGAGUAACGUGGGAUGAGGGAAACUACUCCCCAAAUUUGAUAGUUUAGAAGCUGAUUCAUGUAUAACUUCUCAGGAUGCAGCUCCUAGCCAUUAGCUGAACUGCUGUGAUGUCAUGGAACUAUUACAAAUAUUCUAACCUCUGAAGGGAAGGGAAGUACUUCAGGCGGUCCAGUCCUGCACCAGUCGGAUGGGCUAGAGACUGCUUUGGCUGCUCAUACAGCCUAACAAGUAUGGCCAAUGGCCAGGGAUGAUGAGAGUUGUAGUUCAGCAACAUCUGGAGGGCCUGCUUUAAACAGAUGAACCUGUCUCAUAACAAAUCAAACUAUUGCUG